AUGUAUAUCAAAGAUAAAUACUUAAUAAAUACUCAAAAUAACACACACAACCCAGCUCGUGUUAUGGAAGAGCUAGUGGCGCUUAUUAUUUUCAUUCUUGGAUGCUUGCAAACUCAUGGCAUCACACUAUGCGACAAAAGAAGAUCAGAUUGCUGCUCGGGUUACAUGCUUAGGGAAAACGAGGGCAGGUGUGUAAGGUGUCCUGUAGGAUAUUUUGGUUCUCUGUGCCAGACACCGUGUCCUUUCCCACUCUAUGGACAGUUCUGUCAGACACGCUGUACUUGUGAAAGUAGUGAAUGCAACAACAUAGAGGGAUGCCCUUUCACAAAGGGAGCUGCAGCUUUCGUUACACAGACGUCUGCAGUUCCAAAAGAGGAAGUAAGUGUUAAACAAAACCAGGAAUUGCGUUCAAGAACUACCGCAUAUGUGCAUAUCCAUACUGUGGAAGACAAAGGAGUACAAAAUGCUGAUCACCCACCGUCAAGUACAUAUGUACCAACCAUUGAUGUCCACUGGGCGUCAUCAGUGCGAAUGUCGAUAAUUAUAUUGGUAGGUCUGUGUAUUCUCUUGAUGACAUUAUAUGCCGCCUCCUUUGGUAUCAAGCUGAGAAGAACGGAAAAUGAACCACGUUUAAUUCAACUCGAAGCAAGAGAUAAUUAUAGUAUCUGAAGUGGUAUUGAGAAAAUUUGGUAUGCUAAUGUUGACAUACUGUCGGAGAUAUUAUAUCAAAUACUGUGGAAUAAUUUUUAUUCGUGGGGGUCAAUGUUUGUGGUAAUCAACAAUGUUUUUCUGGUUCGUGGGGACGUAAUUUCGUUGGUAGUGUAAUCUUAAUAAUUUUUAUAAUUAUUAAACAAAUGAUUGUGCAUAGGCUCGUGGGGAUGUACAUUCGUGGGCAAGGGAUAUACCCACGAAAGACACGAACAUUAAUCCCCCAUGAAUAAUGGUGAUACCACAGUAUAAAUGAAUAAAACAAAUAUAAAAUGUCAUGGUAUUUAGACAGUUGUCUUCUCUUUUUGUCUCAUUUACAUACAUGUGGAUCUGAUAGAUUUUACUGUCGAUUUUUUCCCCAAGGAAAAUCAUUUUACCCAAGGGCAUUGCCCAAUAGAAAUACUAUUUUUCUGGAGGAAUAAAUCCUCAUAUCUCCCGAACAUUCAUGCAAUAAAUUGUUUAUUAUACCUAACGACACACGUUAAUACAAAUAAAGAUUUCCAUACUAUGUAAAUUUCUUCAUUUCAUGUUAUAAAUUCGAAUCAUAUACGUUUGAACUUAUGUUCUGAUAUUAAAAGACUUUAAACUUUUAUAAUAUUAAUUUAGAAUAAUCUAAUUAAAGUUACAUCGAAUGCUUAUUUCUGCUUUUUCAUACAUAUGGCAUGAUAAAUAAAGUUUCUGAAGAGGUGGAAAAUGAUAUUUAUUCCCCGGGAGACACAUCAUUUUGUUAGCCCUUUCACGCGAUUUCUUGAUCAAUUAGGUGACGUAUUAUAAAGAAUUAUCAUAUUGAGGUAUAAUAAUAUAUUAUGUUUUGCUUUGCAGUAAAUUUCUUUUGCAAAAACAGAAAAUAACGACAGAAAAAUAGAAUAAAAGAUACUUGAUAUGCCUCAC